AUGUCCUUAUCUGGGGAUGAAGCAGAAGUUCAAGAUGAGAACUUGCUAGCUGCAGCUGUGAUUCUUCGGUUCUACGAAGAGAUAGACGCGCCUUUGGUGGGUGUUGACGAUGAAACAUACCUGCGAGGCACACAGGUAUUUCUUGAAGCACAAACAAACAUUGCAGUGGCGACAAGGGGUCUUCAGAAUGCUGCUUUGUGGGUUGGAUUUCGACAGGAGUUCCACAGUGCGUUCAUAAAACAACGUCCGUUUCGAUUUGAGCUUGGAUGCUGUGCUUCUUCGACAUACGGAUGUUUCACUUCAGCCGACGAUUCUACGUGGGCCAAUCGCAUUAUUUUCUAUUGCGCUGAGACCCUGAACUUUUGUUACGGCAAUGAAAGCCAUGAUCCAGAGAGACAUGCAAGGCUUUUUGAAUAUACCGACCGAUGGUUUGAAUCAAAGCCUACGAACUUUGAUCCAGUCUAUGACAAACCAGCGGACUCCUCGGGAAAGAGGUAUUUCCUCACAUAUGGUUUCUUGGUGACUGUCAUGGUAUAUCCGCAUGGUUGA